AUCAGAUUUUAUGGCCCAGCUGUCUAAAAAUAGAUAUCUGGGUCCAGAUCCUUGUCAGUGUCUUUAGUCUUUCUGUAUUGGCAGAUCUUUGUUCAUAUUCUCACUCACAUGUUCAUUGCAUGUGUUUAAUAAGGGAAGGUGGUCUGCUUCCUGCUUAGUGACAGAUUUAAAUAGGGAGGUGAAAAAUUACCUCGUGUGCAAUGACAUCUAAGAGGAAUCCAUAUGCAGCAGUGCAGGUAGACCCCGACAAUGAUUACAUCACACCAGGUACAUUAGACCUGGAGCAGCUCUUCUGGACAGGCACCACAGCUCCAUACAUCCAUGUCAACCAGGUCUGGCCAAGAAUUUACAUUGGAGAUGAGAAGACAGCUCUCGAGCGUCCUGAGCUUAAGGAGCUGGGUGUCACUCAUGUCCUGAAUGCAGCAGAAGGAAAGUGGAACAAUGUGCUGACUGGUGCUAAUUACUACAAGGACCUGAACAUCCAGUAUCUUGGUGUGGAAGCUGAUGAUAAACCCACAUUCAACAUUUCCCAGUACUUCCUCCCUGCAGCAGAAUUUAUCUACAAGGCCCUCAGCCAACCACAGAACAAGGUGCUGGUUCACUGUGUGAUGGGCCGAAGCAGGUCAGCCACUUUGGUCUUGGCGUACCUGAUGAUGAAGCACAGCUUAACUGUAGUGGAAGCUAUUGAGCAUGUGCAGCAGAAACGCUGCAUCCUGCCUAAUCACGGCUUCCUGAAACAGCUCAGAGCACUGGACAUCACGCUGCAAGAGGACAAGCUGAGACAGAAAAGACACGUGGAAAACCAAGAAGUCAAAAAAACAACAUAAUAUACCUCUGUAAUUUAUUCUCUCUGUGAUGUAGCCUGAUUUGAACAUAAGUGUAUAUUUUUUAUUGUGGAUUUUUUCAAAUCCACACAGGAUCAAUCUAACGACUUAAGGGACUACAAACUGAACCUCUGAAAAGGGCAUUUUGUGGCAUCUUGGAUUACCUUGACUUCUUAUCGGACUACAUUUCUUAUUACGAUUAGUUCAGUUCAUAUACAGUACAGACCAAAAGUUUGGACACACCUUCUCAUUGAAUUCAAUGAGAAGGUGUUUGGUCACAACUGUUUGGUCACAACUGUGUGACCAAAAGUUUGGACACACAGUUGUGUCCAAACUUUUGGUCUGUACUGUACAUCUGUUGAUUUUCUUGCACUCACCUGCUUUGCAUGCAUAAAUCAACUGCCAUUUUUAUCAAAGUUGAGGUCGAAGCCGUGGGCUAAUCAUUCCAAAAGCUUAACAUUACCUAAUCUUAUAUGGUUUUGAGUUCAGUUUUGGGUGAGUCUGUGUAUUGGUUUUCCUGUUUUAAGAUAUCCCUGCAUUUUGUAUUUACCUGUCUGCCCCUUUAUCAUUUCAUAGGUUUCUGGGAUUUUUUUCAUUCAUUUUUAUGAGUAAUUUUCCCUGUGAUUCUCCCUUGUGGUUAGCAUUCAUCUUUUCAUCUAAGCUUUCUGCUUCUCCUCAAAAUAGCUAUGUGUUAGUAACCAAUUAUCUGUUUUCACACCAGGAACCUUCUCCCUAGCAAACACUUACCCAGUGUCCCCAUCUUUGUUAGAGCUUCCUUUUUUCCUCCUCCUGUCUUGCCAGUUACCUCUUUGGGGUUUAUGUCUUUAUGUAUCCUGUUACUUGUGUUAGUUUACUCCUCAGGUUUUCCUUAAAAUUCACCUCAUCAUAAUGCUC